AUGUUUGGUAUUGCUAGAGAAACCAUCCGACUAGGAAAUAUUGCUAUUACUUCAGUAACUCAAAAACUUCUUGGUAUACAUAAAUUAGGUUUGGAAAAUUGUCGUGGUUUUAAGGUUAAAUCAUUUCUUAAACUUCGUUGUAGUUAUUGUUAUUUUAUAAGAGUUAAUGGAAGGAUGCAUGUAGAAUGUAAAGCCUCACCACGUCACAAGGCUCGUGAACCAUUUAAUACAAAAUUACUUUGGAUGAAGAGAAAUGCUGUCAAACCUACUGUAGAAUCAAAGAAAGCAGAUUUUAAAUAUGAAAUAACAGGUGAUCAUUUUUUAUUACCACUUAGAAACGUUAAUCCUCAAAUAACGUGUCCUAUAUGUAAUGGAUAUUUUGUUGAUGCUACAACAGUAAUUGAGUGUGUUCAUACAUUUUGUCGUAGCUGUCUAUUAAAACAUUUUGAAGAAGGUGAUAAUACUUGUCCUGCUUGUCAUAUAGAAAUUCACCAAUGUUAUCCAUCACAGUAUGUAAUAUUUGAUAGAACAAUGCAAGAUAUUGUAUAUAAACUUGUACCAGGUAUGUGGGAAGAGGAACAAAAAAGAAGGAAAGAAUUUGAAAAAAUGAAAGCUAUUGAAAGUGGUCAAGCUGUUGGUGAUGAGGUAAAUGACGAAAAUACAGAAGGAGAAAAGAAACCGUGUUGUGAAGAGAAUGAUGAUCCAUCAACAAAACACAAACGGAAUCAAGAUAUGGUAACAGUAUGCCUAAAACCUGGUGGAGGUUUAAGUGCAUUACCUCGUAAUAUUUUAAGAAUAUCAGAAUAUGUCACAGUUUCAACUUUAAAACGUUAUGUGGCAUUGGUAUUUCACAAUGAUGCAAAAAGAUACAGUGAAUUUGAUUUUUUUUGUAAUAAUGAAUUAAUGGGUAGAGAUUUUACAUUAAAAUUUAUCAUACUGACACGGUGGAGAAAUAGACAGAAAGAGAUGUUACAACUUACUUUUAAACCUCAUGUUGAUUAUUAA